AUGGGUUUUGGAUUAGCAUCAACUGAGGAUAAUAAAAUUAUUUGUGUUGGUGGACAUAAUUUUAAUUAUGAAACAAUGUCAAAUGUCACUAUGCUUGAUACACAAGCGGAUAAACUUGAAUGGCAAACUUUACCGAAUAUGCCCAAUGGUAGUAUCGGCCCAGGUGUUAGUGUCAUUGAUAAUCUUCUAUAUGUAAUUGGUGGAUUUGAUUUUAUUGGAAAUGAAAUAGUCCCUAAUGGUGAUGUACUCUCAUUGGAUCUUGAAAAGAAACGAUGGCAAACAUUAACUGAUCUCGAUACUCCAAGAGCUCGACCACUGAUUAGUGUCAUUGAUCAAGCAGAUACACCAACAUUGAUUGUUGCUGGCGGCUACAAUUUCGAUAGCAAAGGAAAAGUUGUAGCUUAUGGUAAAAUUGAAGAAUAUGAUAUGAAAAAGAAAAAAUGGAAAGUUAUAGCUGAUAUUCCUAAUUUUAAAACAAGUAAUGGUCUCGCAACUAAAAAUAAUAAAUUAUAUUUAAUGGAUACCACAAAAGAAGAAGGUGAAAGUCAGAUUAUUAAAGAAAUUAAUUUAUUGACGCAUAAAUGGGAAAAUCCAGAGAAUUCAAAAUCAGUUACAGAUCUUCAUAAUGAGAAGAGCCAAUCAAACAUAAAAAAUGAAGCAUCUGAAUCCAACAGAAGCGGAAAAAUUUAA